GAAACUUAAGUCCUUGCACGCGGAACACGUUGUCUCGCGUCCACGAGCAUUAGUUCGUCAUCGAAACCCAACGAAUCGACCAAAACCAGCGAAAAAAGUCCCGACACUUCCGUCGGCGUAAACAAGUUAAGACGAAAUAGGUCUCGCACUCGUUAUGACGUAAUUAUAACAAAGCUCGAUCUCCGGAUAGUUUCUCAAACAAACAUUAAGUGUAAAGUAUUUUUAAAUAUUCGAAUUCGAAAAAUAAGCGUGUAUGAGACGACGGAAAGCGUUUAGCCGAACUACAGCCAACUCUCGAAACCGCCAUCUUGAACCGAGUCGGUAGCUAAGACAAUGGAGCAAUUGAUGGAUCCCUCUGAGGGACAAUUGCUGAGUUUUUUUAUCAACGGACGAUGAAGUCGUAUGUCUAAACUGCAUCGAUAUUUAAGGAAUCUAUUUAUGGUGCGCGAAAGCGAUGCACGUUCAGUUUGAUAAGUCCGUUUAGGUUUUCCGCUUUUUUUUCGGAGUGCAGUCCUGUUGGCAACGGAGCGCGCGCUGUCGUUGCUAAGUGGUGUUUGGACGAGGCUUAGCCGAUCUCAUCCGAAUCCUUCCUAUCGAUGUGUGGAUUAAGCGAAGUGUUGGCCCGACUUUGAUCAUCUGAGUGAGAAUGGAGAGGCUCCAUAAGGAACCGGACACCUACAGGCGGGACUACAACGCAUUCGUCAACGAACUGAAACAGUUUCAUCACAAUAGGGGGACGCAAUUUCGACACGUUCCACGUAUAAAUGGUCGGGAGAUCGACUUGUUUUCGCUCUACAACCAAGUCACCGCCCAAGGCGGGUGGCAAAAGGUAAAUGAUAGUCAAAAAUGGGAUGUAAUCUUUGACAAUCUCAAACUACCUAAAGGAUGUGUAAAUGCAUCUUUGGCUCUUAGACAGUUAUAUAUCAGGUAAGUACUUUAGUUAUUUAGUAUAUA